CGGUGAAAGAAGUCUAGAUGUUUGCGAGUCAAGUGGCGUCAGCCAGUGCAGCGGCUUCCUUUGGGACUCAUAAAAAUCACGUGCAAAUACCUGGAGGGCGCUGUUAGUUAAAUCUUCAGAAAAAAAUUCGGAAUGGUGGGAGAGAGUUGGAAAAUGAAACUUUCUCGAUUCUAUUAAGUCAUAAAAGUGGUGACAAUGAGUUAAAAAUUUUGAUGUUGUUCUUCUUAGUUUGACAUACAAGCAAAAUGGUUGAGGAGUUACGAAAAUACUUCUCCAGAUUGCUUCACAUGGUCGAAGGUCUGGAGGCAAUUAUUAUAACCGACAGAGAUGGAGUACCAGUCAUUAAAGUGACCUCUGAGGCUGUCCCCGAGCAUGCGUUGAAGCCUGCCUUCCUAGCAACCUUUGCCAUGGCAGCGGAUCAAGCCAGUAAGCUGGGCUUGUCACACAACAAGAGCAUCAUCUGCAUGUAUGGCGCCUAUCAAGUGGUGCAGUUCAACGAACUUCCAUUGGUCAUCAGCCUAAUUGCCAGUAGUACAGCAAACACAGGUUUACUGUUGUGUAUGGAGUCUGAAUUGCAGGGAGUUUUACAAGAACUGAAGACAGCUAUAGAAGUAUGAGGCGGUCCAUUUUGUAUAUUUUUUUUUACUUACGUAGGUUAAGAGGGUAUCAACAGUUAGGGGUGAUACUUUUUCUGACUCUUCCCACAAAGUCUGUAAUCCCUUGCAGUACUUCUUGCUGAAAGACUUUGUCCCAAUAUUUGGAUUGAUCUGCAAAGGUUGAAAUGUUUUUCAGUGUGUUUGACUUGUAUGCAUAUUCCGAAAUUGCAACUGUUGGGAUUUGGAGGCUGAGGUUUUAAGGCAAAGUAACUCGGCAUUAUACCAGGUGCCUUCCAAAUCAUGUGCUUGGGUCACGCAGCACCAACUUCCCAUAUUGAAAAAGUAAGCCAGCUGAGUCUUUACUGCUGGAAACAUUAAUAUAUGCGAUAUCAAAGAAUGAAGUUGUAAUUUUUUGAGAGAGUUGUGUGAUGUUUGCUGUGAGACAGAUGAGCCAAGGCUGGCUGCUUUGCCGGGCAGUCAAGGGGUGCAUAUCAACACGCAACAUUUCACAGGGACACAUCGUCUGUCGUAAGCACGCUACAAAUUUGGAUGGCUUAGACAGUCUCUUGUCAGACCGAGGUGGCCUGACAUGCCUGUGAUUUGUGAAGGGAAGCUUUGACUCAUAAAAGUUAGUGUUGUCUUUAUUUUGUUAAUGACGGUAAACCUAUUUCCCAAAAGCGAGCUUGAAAUUUCAAUCAAACAUAGAGAGUUAUCACUCCUCAUGAACAGGUACUUUAUGUAGUGGGUGGUGUGUUAAGUGGUAUCCAGCAUGCGUGUACCAUAGUGCUUGCACAUCCCUUGGGAAAGAUUAUAUAACUGGGCCAUGUCAACAAUGUGAGGAGGAAGAGCUUUUAAUAGUCUUGGUUCAAGACGCUACCAUCUGAUAUUUUUGUUACACAUACAAGUAUACACUUUUCAACUAAGGUAAAAAAACACAAAAACUAGGCAUUGCGAGAAACUAGUGUUUGCAAAGAGUGUAGGCCUAACUGAUAUUUUGGAAAGAACAAGAAAAGGAAAAGAAGAUAUGGCCAGGCAGAGUCUCCCGAGUUUAACCGGUGGGCACUGCAACAAAAUGGGAUUCAAAACGAUGAGACAGAAUUUUUAAACUGAUAGUACUGCAGUCUCUACUGUUUUGUUCAUUAUAACAUUCAAUUCUUGUUCAUUUGUGGGCAGGAGUGUGAAAAAUUGCUUCCCUUGGCAAUGCUUAUACAUGUAAAUGGCAACCUGAUGGUCAUUAGUGUGAUCUUACAACAGAGUGAUUCCCUCAAAGUCUUUUCAAAAUUACACAAACUUUGAAAACCAGUUUGUCACCAAAGGAUUAGUUAAACCUGAAUCUUGAGACCAAAGGAUCACAUUGA